CCCAUCCUCGCCAUUUUGCAGUGUGGCAGAACACAGAGGGCCACUUUUUAUGGCUAGCGAAUAAAACAAAGCGUUUCAUGUUUUGAGGCCAAAGACCAUCGAACAUUUCCGGAUCAGUAAUGGAGGAGAUCAGCGAUGUGGCUGUGCUCAUCGCUCAUUCCUCUCCAGCCUCGACCACAACCCUAUCCACCUCCACGUCCUCCUCCGCCUCCGGAGGCCCGCCUCCGGGGUCCCACAGCAGGCAGGUGCUGGCGGCGGAGCGGGAGGUGUGCCAGCGGCUGCAGCAGAAGCAGGCCGCCGACUCGCUCAUCCAGGUCAUCCAGAAGCUCAGCAAGAUCGUGGAGAAGCGCCCGCAGCGGCGGUGCACGGUCGCUGGCCAGAAGAGGCCGCCGGCCCAGCAGGGCUCCGGCAGAGCAGCAGGCGGCGGCGGAGGAGCAGUGGGAGGCUCCGAUGGGACCACGGUGAGCCGAGGAACCUCACCCUGCAAGAGAGUGAGGCGGAGCUUCAAAGAGGAGGCGGUGACUCCCGAGGCCCGCGACAGCAUGAGCCCCGACCCCGCCGCACUCUCAAACAACGUUGCCCCCGCGGCCGCCGACGACGCUGAGGUCGCCGACAUCGGCAGCCGCGCGGGCGUCCAAAGCAGCCGGACGGUGACGUGCUACCAGUGCAGCCUGUGCCGCUUCCUGUCCCCCACGCUCGGCCAGCUGAAGGAGCACCUGCGGCAGCACGACGAGCAGCACAGCGACCUGCUCCUCAUGUGCUCCGAGUGCCACUACACCUCCCCCCACCAGGGGGAGCUGGAGGCGCACGUCAGGCUGCACUUUGAGGACGACGCGGCGGGCGCCCUGCACACGGGGCUGGCGCCGCUGGUGAGCAGCUUCGAGGACCUCCGCGACGGCGAGAAGGAGGCGGCGCUGAGGCUGCUGGAGCGGCACGCCCGCGCCGCCGACGAGGAGGAGGACGGCGGCGUCAAGGCCGAGGCCAAGGGCGAGUUGUGCGACGUCGGCGAGGAGGAGCUGUCGCAGAAGAAGAAGUGGUACAGCUACGAGGAGUACGGCUUGUACCGCUGCCUGAUUUGCAGCUACGUGUGCAGCCAGCAGCGCAUGCUCAAGACCCACGCCUGGAAGCACGCCGGCCUCGUCGACUGCUCCUACCCCAUCUUUGAGGACGACACCGGGCCGCUGGCGGGGAGGAAAGACGCCCAGGCUACCAAGGCCGCCCCCCCCGGCCACGCUUACCUCGCGGCCAGGGAGGAGGUGAUCAUGCUGUCGCCGGCCCUCCAGGAAAAAGGCCCCCAGCACAGCAUCCCCGGCGCCUUUCAGGUGCAGCUCUGCGUGCCGAUGGCCGUCGAGAACGAGAGGGAUCCCAUGAGCCAAUCCGUGGAGAAGCACAACGGCGAUCCCGUAGCAGCAGCAGCAGAAGACCUGGAGCUAGGCGGGGUCGGGGAGUACCAGGUGAAAGACCUAAACACGGAAGAAGAGGAGGAGGAAGAAGAACCACCCUUGGAGGAAGUCCAAGCGAACGCCGAGGCUGAGAUGGCGGGGAACCACGGCCACAGCUCCCAGACGGACAGCCUGCUGUCCUCGGCCCAGAAGAUCAUCAGCUGCAGCCCCAACGGCGCGGGACACAUCAACGUCAUCGUGGAGAGGCUGCCCUCGGCCGAAGACUCCGUCAUGGCCGCCAACGCGCCCCUCCUCGGCCCGGACAUGUGCGGCCCGGACGAGAGAAUACCGGACAGAGAGGAGGUGGUGGAGGAAGAGGAGGACGAGUCGCGGCCCGCGGAGGAGACUGUGAUGCUGGACUGCGCAGGGGAGGUCGUGAAGGAACAGGUGGGGGUCACCUGGGAGGUCGAGAGCGACCUCUGCGUCGAAACUACCAUCUCGUCGGCGGUGGCUGCGACGGAGGCGGCGGUCCAAACCAUCGCGAGCAGCGAGCCCCUCCGCGACGAGAACGUCCCCCCCUUGGGCCGGACCCGGACCAACUCGGAGUCCCUCCGCCUGCACUCUCUGGUGGCCGAGGCCCUGGUCGCCAUGCCCAUGAGAACCCCCGAGCCGUACAACUGCAGCGGCGGCGGGGGUCCCAAGGCCUGCCUCAAGGCCGUCAAAGCCCGAGUGCAGAGUCCCGGCGCGGGCCAGAGGCUCCACGCGGGCCCGACUGCUCUGGUCGAGCUAGAGCGCUGUGCGGACGCCGAGGGGGCGGAGGAUGUCGGCGCGCUGAUCCCCCUCAGGCUGGGCCUGGUGGAGGUGGACGAGGAGGGUCCCGCCGCCAAGGCCGGCAUCAGCCUGUCCCUGCUGACCGUCAUCGAGAGGCUCCGCGAGCGCUCGGACCAGAAUGCCACGGACGAGGACAUCCUGAAGGAGCUGCAGGACAACGCGCAGUUCCACAACGGCGGCGCGGCGGCGGCGGCGGGGGCGGCGGACGACGUGGCCAGUAUAGACCGGGUGGUCUCCACGGUCACGGACGGGGGUCUGGUGGACUACAUCCCAGGCAGCGAGAGGCCCUACCGCUGCAGGCUGUGUCACUACAGCAGCGGCAACAAGGGCUACAUCAAGCAGCACCUGCGGGUGCACAGGCAGAGGGAGCCCUAUCAGUGUCCCAUCUGCGAGCACAUCGCCCUGGACAGCAAGGACCUCGAGAGCCACAUGAUCCACCACUGCAAGGCCAGGACGUACCAGUGCAAGCAGUGCUCCAGCACCUUCCACUACAAGAACCUCUUGAGGAGCCACGAGCAGGAGCAGCACGGGCAGGGCCUCACGGGCCCCGCCCUCACGCCCCUCGCCGAGGCCAUGGCCGCCGCAGAGGAGGUGGAGCUCGCCAUGGAGGAGGAAAGCAGCAUGCCAAAAGUGUACAAGUGUGACGUGUGUGACUACACCAGCUCUACGUACGUUGGGGUGAGGAACCACCGGCGCAUCCACAACUCGGACAAGCCUUACAGGUGCUGUAGCUGUGACUUUGCCACCACCAACAUGAACAGUCUGAAGAGCCACAUGCGACGCCACCCCCAGGAGCACCAGUCUGUGCAGCUGCUGGAGCAGUACAGGUGCUCGCUCUGUGGCUACGUGUGCAGCCAUCCGCCCUCGCUCAAGUCCCACAUGUGGAAGCACGCCGGAGACCAGAACUACAACUAUGAGCAGGUCAACAAAGCCAUCAAUGAGGCCAUCACCCAGAGCAGCCGCGGCCCCCAGAAGCUGUCGGCCCUGUUGGAGCCCGUGGCAGAGCGCUCGGCCGCGGGAUCCCCCCGGGACCCGGCCCCCAGGGGCCCCAUCGAGGCGCCGAUCGCCUUCACACCGACCGCCGCCGCCACCACCCCCGCCACCACCUCCGCACCGACGACGGAGCCCUCGGCGUUGGGCCCGACGAUACCCAACGCCGUCGAACUGUCCCAGCUGUCGACGAGCGUCGAAGGGCAAAGCGCCACGCAUCAGCCGCCACACGCGCCGGCCUCCCUCUCCGAGGGGCCCAAGCCGGCCCCGGGCCCACCGGCCGCCGGACACGGCCCACCGGCCGCCGGACACGGCCCCGGCAUGGAGUACUGCGUGCUGCUCUUUUGCUGCUGCAUCUGCGGCUUCGAGUCCACGAGCAAGGAGCGCCUGAUGGAGCACAUGAAGGAGCACGAGGGCGACAUCAUCAGCAUCAUCCUGAACAAGGAGCAGCCGCAGCCGGUCCUCCAGCCCGCAGGGGGCGACGCAGCACAGUGAGGCCUUAGCAUAGGAUCUUUACCUCUCUUCUCUAUCGCUCUAGUCCGCCUCUUUCUAGAUUUUUGUACACUCUGACUUGAUGAUACAAAAAUACCAUGAAGCACCCGCCUAGUAAAACACGGAGGGCCAAAUGCCUUGGCCCCCGAUGCACACGGCUGCAUCCCAAGUGAGCCGUUUUCAUCGUGUCGUCGACCGCACGGUCGACUCUCUACCAUAACUUGAGCCAGUUUGUACCUCACAGAAGCAACCACACAAUCUCUUCUCUAUAUGACAUGGCAUUUGUUUCCUUUGUAUCUAUUAUCUUUCACAUAUUGAAGGCAAGGCAGCUGUAGUAAUUGCUUUUGUAAUAUUUAAUGUAUUUAUCCGUUUUACCUCCGUCACUCAAGCCUAGGGGAAAGAAUUUUCUCCUGCUAUUGUUCAAGCUCUUUCAUGCCUGGGGGUAUGAAUCUGUUUUUCCUUCCAAUAUAAUUUUAGGUUUAUAUACUUUGCAUGUUCAGUCUCUUGUUAUGCCGUUUCAACAGCCUUUAGUCCCGUUCGUUUUUUAGUAGGUUUUAGCUAAUAGUUUCUAGAUUAAAACUUAUUUCACCAUUCUUCAAGGUAAUAAUUUUUAAUGAAACAAAAACAAAUGAUAAUACGGCCUUCAAGGGAAAGGAAAAUUAUCUGCUUUUCAAAGUGCUAAUGCUCCUUGUUCUGGAUAAGUUUGGCCCGCAGAAGGAAUAUGAGUGCCACGCGACCACUAACUCACAAGAACAAAAAUGGUGGCUGCCGGUUACGUGGGCUCCAUCGCUGUUUUGAACAUUGAGGAUAUUUGAAAAAGGGAAAUGGGGGGUAGUUAAAUAAUUGAUCAAUCUGGCUCCAUGGAUCACCGACAUGUUGUAUUCUUUAACCUUGAUUGUGGACACAUUAAUGUGCUGUGCACAUUAGUCACAGGUGUAACCAUUCACCCAGCAUCUGUCAUGUGUUCAGUUGCCAUGGAAAUAGCCCUGGCAAAAUUCAGCGGCACUUUCCCUCGUUUUGUUAAUAUAACGAGAGGGCCGUUGCAGUCGGUGAUGUAACAGCUUGAUUGUUAGUAAAAGAAAAAGUGUAUGAGACUAGUACUUCAGCUAUUGCUGAAAGGUCUUAAAGCCAGAAUGAAAUAUUUAAAGAUAAAGGAAAAUAAAUAGUUGUAUUUAUUAUGGUUUUAUUUUCCUAUUUUUUUCCCGCAUAAAGUCUAUUCAUGUUCUCCAGCGUCAGGGGUUUAUUCACCAGACCUCCCUCCCGUGGUUAGUAUUCCUUCCCCCACACCAGCACUCUACUGGAUACUGCUAAGUUCAACUUCAAUUCACCCCAGUGAGGUCGUAAAGGUGAGCAAUUCAGCCCAGGAGAGAAUUCCAAAUUCUCCCAAAAUGUAGUCCAAAAUCCAAAUGGAGAAAAAACGAAAACAUUCUAUUGGGUAAGUUAAAGGACUAGUGACAUUUUCAUUUUUUAAAAUGUCAUUUGCAACUUCACCCGCUAAGCCCAAACCUUUAGAGCUGUGAUGACUCAGGAGUCUACCUCCAGUCUUAAACUCGACCCACCAUGAUUCUAGACAAAUUAGUGUAAAGGUUAUGAAAAUGGAUUGUUGUAAGGGUGUUGGCAGAGUGUCGCACUGUAAUAAUCUUUCAAACCUCACACGCUACUUGACAUGAUGUUUUGUUUCUUCAAGCCAUUAACUGGGCCUUAUUGGUUUUACCACCACACCAACGGAGGUAAAUGGAUUGAAAUGAGAGCAUCCAUAUUCAUGCACACUCUCCCCUCUCUUCUUUUGAUGUUUCAUAAUGGCUUGCUCAGUCUAUCUCAUCCAUCUCGGCGGGCCAUUGUGCAGGCAGAGUCUGUCAUCACAGAGCAGAUUAUCAUUGGAUGUCUUAUCAUUGUCUAGGAUUCCAGGCACUCGGUUUUCUUUGAAAGAAACUGACAGUGUGUGGAUAUUUUCAAUAAACAACCUUCAGUUUGAGUGAAGAUUGUAUUUAUCUGCCGUAGACGGGGCCGUCCAUACAACCGCACACUGAAUCCAGUGUCCUGGCCUCCGUACCUCAUUAGCCUCAGCAACUCUGGCGAUGAAAUUAUCAUUGAAUUUGGGUUGAGGGGGUUGUUUUCCCAUGUUGUCCGCUUACACUGUUGGCUGCUGUUGACUAUAAUAAUUAUGUAAUUUCUCAGUUCAGGUGGUCAUGGCCUUUUUCAUGAGUGUGAAUACUGAUCAUUUUUUUUGUGUUGCAUAUUCAAAAUAUUGAAGCGCCCACCUCCCCUUGGUUCUUGGAAUGCGUUUAAUAGCCCCGCCACAACCUUUGUAUUAGUGUCAAAUAGUCCUCAGGCAGUCCAAGCGCAGUGGAACAGACAAUUUAAGUGCCAAAUAUGUCUUCAAAUUGAUCAUUUAUAACAUGAAAAGCUCUAUUGUAAGCCACUGAAUGUGAAGGGAAAAAUACAUUAUUAUUUUUGAUUAUUUUUGAACUAGUUGCCUUUUGGUUCAUAAGUGUAACAAAGACGUAUGUAGUCUGCUUUUGUGUCAUACUAUAGUUAUCCAUAUUAUAACUAUUAUUAUUUGAAGCCCUGAAUCGAAUAUCCCUCCCAGGCACCCACACGAAAGGUGAAAGGCUUUUGUUCCAACAAGUAAUUAUUGAAUUGGUACUGUAUUUUUGCUAUGUAUAUACUGUAGUUUAAUACUGUAGAAUAUUAAAUAUAAAACAUUUUUUUCUUCAAAGAAGAAAUAAAAUACUUUUUUAUGAUUGUUUAAAAACACUACAGCAAAUUUCUAUAGGAAUGUGUGAGUUCAUGGUGUUUAUUAUUUUUCAUUCAUUUUUACUUGUAUUUAAGGGAACUGAUAUUUUAAGAAGAAAAAGAAACACACACACAACUGGGUGAGUUAAAACCAAAGGUGCUAGAGAAUGUGUAAAAAAAAAACAUGAACUCUGUGCUUAUCUGUUGACAAAAGUUUUGUAAUUCAAUAUGGAACCUGCUCCCAAA